AUGGCGCAUCUUAAUCUUAAAAGAAUAGGUUUCGUCGUAAAUUUGUACGCGGUAGAAGUGAGAUCGAAAGAGUCACUAGUGAAACCAAGAAAAUGUUAUAUAACCGAUACGCUUUGCCUUACUGCAAGGGCUCAAGAAAAUGUGUCUGUUUUUGUAAAGGGCUUAGAAGAUGUUCCUACCGAAAAGUUGGAACCUUUGUGUAUUGAACACCUCCAAAAGGAAAAAGUUGGUUUGAUAUUUGAGGCACUAGCUGUAAGGAAUGAAGGAUUUAAAGAUUUAGUUAUAGACGAAUUAAGAAUAGAUAUGGCUUCAAACGUAAUGCGAUUAGUAUUUCACUCGGAUUUUAAAUUAAAGGGUCAAUACAAAAUGGAUGGACUUUUGUUUAAAAUGCCUAUUUCUGGAGAAGAUAAUACGAAUAUUGUUAUGAUCAUGCCUUUUGAAAUAUAUCUUGAUUCUCUCAAUAGAAGUUUUAUGGAUUUAAAAAAUUUUACUUAUGAUUUUGAUGUGAAAGAUAGUGCGAAUUUCAAUUUUAGUAACUUAUACUAUGGAGAUCAAGAAAAAAGUGACCAUAUUCACACUUACUUUGUUGAAAACUGGAGGCUUGUAAUUCAAGUGUUUGGGCCUAUGAUUUUUGACGACGUUAACCCGAAAGUAUUCAACGCUCUAGCAACAUUUAUGAGAUCCAAACCUUUACAAGAUUUACAGCUUUAA